AUGGGAACGGUUCGGAGUGUGCUCGAGCAGCUGGGCAACUACAUCGGCGGGUUCCCCCAGGCGGCGAUGGACCCUCUGCUGGACCUCAUGUUCCUCCCCUCGGGCCUCAACCUCAAUAUAGUGCGAUUCAAUAUAGGCGGCGGCUCCGUCCCUCUAUACAGCCCUCAGCUAUACACUGAUUCUUCCAUGCGCUGGCGGGCCAUGCCGGGGUACUGGCCGGCGCAGGCAGCGGGGUUCAACUGGACGGCGGAUUCGAGGCAGCAGGCGGUGCUGCUGGGAGCCAAGGCCCGCGGGGUGAACGUGUUCGAGGCGUUUUCCAACAGCCCGCCCUGGUGGAUGACCGCGAGUAAAGACGUUGCGGGUGGGAAGAAGGCGUUUCAGACGAACCUGCUGCGAAAGCAUGAGGGGCGGUUUGCGAGGUACUUGGUGGAAGUGGUGGAAAGGUUUAGAACGGAUCCGGCGUUGGGUAACAUCGAGUUCGAUACACUGGAGCCGUUUAACGAGGCGUUAGAGGGGUACUGGAUAAAGGGGAUGGGGCAGGAGGGGUGCAACUUCAACCUGCCACGUGUCCUAUCCCCAAGCCUCCGAGCCUCGUCUCGAGGCGCAUCAAAUGUUACCGUUAGAGCGUCCGGCGACGAUGGCGGAAGCGGAAGCGGCGCGUCGUCGUCUACCCGCCGGUCCGCGGCGCGGCGGUCGCGACAAUACUCUUCUUCCGUGCAAGAAGCGUCAGGAGGGCGACGCGGGAGUGCUUCUAACGCGGGAUUUGAAAUCGACACGGAGUUAAUAGGCAUCGGCGCGAUGCUAUUGGCUGUCGGCGCGGGAAUCUGGGGAGUUUCGCGGUUCCUAGCGCGUGGCGGGAUCGGCAGUAGCGGGGAUAGUGACGAGGAAGAGGAGGGUGCGGGUAGCAAGAGUUCGUCGUUUAGUGCGGGUGACGACAAGGAGAAGCAGCGCAAGUGGCGGCAGCAGUCGAUGGCGAAAGUUAAGGAGUUAGCGCAGCAGCUUCGGUCAUUCAGGACCGUCGAUCUCAGCGGCAAGAGUCUGGGCGACGAGGGGUUCAAAUAUCUCGCAGAAUCUCUCGCCUUCAACAAUAGUGUUGAAAGCGUUGACUUUUCCAACAAUGGGAUCGGUCCGGAGGGGGUCAAAGCCCUGACCGAAGCCCUGGCGACGAAUGCCUAUCUCAAGACGCUCAACCUCUCGGGGAACACCAUUGGGGACGAGGGAGCUAAGGUUCUAGCUGGUAUCAUGGAGCAGAACCGCGGCGUGCAGACGCUGCAGCUGAGCAGCAACGGGAUCGGGGAUGAGGGCAUGCGAGCAUUAGCGGAGAUGGUGAAGAAGAACGAAGCGAUCGUUUGUUUGGAGAUGAACAACAACGGCAUCGAGUACGAGGGGGUGGAGGGGUGUGGUGGUGGUAGCGGGAUUGGGAGAAAGGGGGAUGGGAGGCAUGGGGGAUCCGGGGAGAUGUCUUCACGUCCGUCCCUCUCUUUCCCUCUCACCUCCCUCACACCUUUCCCUCCUCGCCCUCACGCCACGCUAGGCUGUGCUACUCUCGCUGUUGCUCUCUCUCACCCCGCGUCUGGCUGUGCUGCUCUCGCCGAUGCCCUCACCAGCACCAAGUCUCUGCGCUCACUGCACCUCAAUGGCAACUAUGCAGGCACGCUGGGCGCAUCUGCCGAGUUGACUUUUGAGUCGACUCAAAAUGGCAACUACGCAGGCACGCUGGGUGUGUCUGCAUCGGCCAAGGGGCUAAGGGAAUCAAGCCUGCUCUCGCUUUUCCCUCUCGUCUCUCCCCUUGGCAACUAUGCAGGCACGCUGGGAGCAUCUGCCCUGGCCAAGGGCCUUCAGGAGAACAAGUCACUCAGGGAGUUGCAUUUCAAUGGGAAUGGAGUGGGGGAUGAGGGAGCGCGAGUGCUGGCAUCGGGGCUACUGGCACGCAAGGGCAAGCUGGAGUUGCUUUUAAACGGCAACGGGGUGGGGGAUGAGGGAGCGCGAGUGCUGGCAUCGGGGCUGCUGACCCACAAAGGCAAGCUGGAGUUGCAUUUCAACGGGAAUGGAGUGGGGGAUGAGGGAGCUCGAGUGCUGGCGUCUGGCCUUCUCGCGCACAAGGGCAAGCUGGUCACCAUCGACCUCAGCAACAACAGCAUGGGCUCCAAGGGGGCGGCUCAUAUCGCUGAAGUGAUCAAGAAAAGCCGCAGCCUGCAGUGGCUGAACCUCUAUAUGAACGACUUUGGAGACAAGGGAGCGGAGAGAAUAGCAGAUGCUCUCAAGAGGAACAAGUCGAUUGCUACUAUUGACCUGGGAGGCAACAACAUUCAUGCGGAGGGCAUUGCGGCCAUCUGUGACGCACUCAAAGAGAACUCCACCAUCACCACUCUUGAGUUGGGGUACAACCCCAUUGGUCCAGAGGGCGCCAAAGCACUGGCAGACACGGUCAAGUUCCAUGGGAACGUGGAGACGCUGCGACUGGGGUGGUGCAAGGUUGAGGGAUGGAGAGCGGUUAUUGGUGGUGCAGGGGUGCUGCUAGUUAUUGCUGUGGCUGUGCACCUUAGUCAAGGCACUGGCACACACGGUGAAGUUCCAUGGGAACGUGGAGACGCUGCGACUGGGGUGGUGCAAGGUGAGGUUGAGGGAUGGAGAGCGGUUAUUGGUGGUGCAGGGGUGCUGCUAGUUAUUGCUGUGGCUGUGCACCUUAGUCAAGGCACUGGCACACACGGUGAAGUUCCAUGGGAACGUGGAGACGCUGCGACUGGGGUGGUGCAAGGUGAGGUUGAGGGAUGGAGAGCGGUUAUUGGUGGUGCAGGGGUGCUGCUAGUUAUUGCUGUGGCUGUGCACCUUAGUCAAGGCACUGGCACACACGGUGAAGUUCCAUGGGAACGUGGAGACGCUGCGACUGGGGUGGUGCAAGGUGAGGUUGAGGGAUGGAGAGCGGUUAUUGGUGGUGCAGGGGUGCUGCUAGUUAUUGCUGUGGCUGUGCACCUUAGUCAAGGCACUGGCACACAUGGUGAAGUUCCAUGGGAACGUGGAGACGCUGCGACUGGGGUGGUGCAAGGUGAGGUUGAGGGAUGGAGAGCGGUUAUUGGUGGUGCAGGGGUGCUGCUAGUUAUUGCUGUGGCUGUGCACCUUAGUCAAGGCACUGGCACACACGGUGAAGUUCCAUGGGAACGUGGAGACGCUGCGACUGGGGUGGUGCAAGGUGAGGUUGAGGGAUGGAGAGCGGUUAUUGGUGGUGCAGGGGUGCUGCUAGUUAUUGCUGUGGCUGUGCACCUUAGUCAAGGCACUGGCACACACGGUGAAGUUCCAUGGGAACGUGGAGACGCUGCGACUGGGGUGGUGCAAGGUGAGGUUGAGGGAUGGAGAGCGGUUAUUGGUGGUGCAGGGGUGCUGCUAGUUAUUGCUGUGGCUGUGCACCUUAGUCAAGGCACUGGCACACACGGUGAAGUUCCAUGGGAACGUGGAGACGCUGCGACUGGGGUGGUGCAAGGUGAGGUUGAGGGAUGGAGAGCGGUUAUUGGUGGUGCAGGGGUGCUGCUAGUUAUUGCUGUGGCUGUGCACCUUAGUCAAGGCACUGGCACACAUGGUGAAGUUCCAUGGGAACGUGGAGACGCUGCGACUGGGGUGGUGCAAGGUGAGGUUGAGGGAUGGAGAGCGGUUAUUGGUGGUGCAGGGGUGCUGCUAGUUAUUGCUGUGGCUGUGCACCUUAGUCAAGGCACUGGCACACACGGUCAAGUUUCAUGGGAACGUGGAGACGCUGCGACUGGGGUGGUGCAAGAUCGGAGUGAAGGGAGCAGAAUCGGAGUGAAGGGAGCAGAGUACAUGGCAGAUGCUCUCAAGUACAACAGCACCAUCAACACUCUUGACCUGAGGGCCAACGCGCUGGGUGAUGAGGGCGCGGCCAUUCUGGCUCUGAGUCUGCGUGUGGUCAACAAGCAGCUCAUUCUAAACACCGAUGGGCCCGGAGCGGCCAUCCUGGCUUUAAGUCUGCGCGUGGUCAACGAGCAGCUCUCCUCGUUGGACCUGGGCUUUAAUGAGAUCCGCGACCGUGGGGCAUACGCCCUGGCAGAGGCGCUCAAAGCGAAUGGGGAGGCGGCAGUCGAGACACUUAACCUCUCCAGCAACUACAUCACCAAAUACGGCCAGGUUGCUCUGAGCGAGGCCAAGGACCUGGUGAGUGAGAUGACAGAUACUUACCAGUGGUUCAUUCCCUCUUUCCUCCGGUUUCCCUCUGUGCGUGUAUCAAAUCCCUCCCAGGUUGCUUUGAGCGAGGCCAAGGACCUGGUGAGUGAGAUGAAUGACGGCAAGGAGGUCAACAUCUACUGGUAA